GGCCGGCUGAUAGUGAUUGUCCAUCCCUGCACAUAAUAAACACAACUUUAUUUUAGCUCGCCGACUUCGGAUGGUUAUUUAAUUUUAUUUAUUUUGCGAAUACCUGGAAAGAACUGUUGAUAAGUAAUAACCACAAUGCUGAGGGGAGUCCUCUUUAGUCCCGAGCCGCGUCUGCUCUCUAUGCGUUGCCUUAGCUCAGCAGCAGGAGGAUCAGCCAGUGUUAAAGGAACUGAAUCAGCAGCCACGCCCCUGCGCCCUCGUCCAAAUGCCCUGACGGACGAGAUCAUACGCGUUGAUCAUGCCGGUGAAUUGGGUGCAGAUCGUAUUUACGCCGGGCAGAUGGCCAUUCUGGGCAAUGGACCUCUGGGCAAGACCAUCGGACAUAUGUGGGAGCAGGAGAAGGAACACCGCAAGCAGUUCGAGCAGCUCAUCCAGCAGCAUCGUGUGCGUCCGACGAUCAUGACGCCGCUGUGGAACGUAGCCGGAUUUGUGCUGGGCGCUGGAACAGCCCUGAUGGGCGAAAAGGCGGCGAUGGCUUGCACGGUGGCCGUGGAGACGGUGAUUGUGGAGCACUACAACGACCAGCUGCGCCAGAUCAUGGAGGCACCCAACCCGGACAAGGAGCUGCUGGAGACAAUCACCAAGUUCCGCGACGAGGAGCAGGAACACCACGACACGGGCAUCGAUCAUGGGGCCGAGCAGGCGCCCUUUUACAAAGCGAUGACCGAGGUUAUCAAGUUCGGCUGCAAGACGGCCAUUGCCAUCUCCAAGAAGAUCUAGCCCGGAUCAGAAGUGCCCCCUGUAUAUACCAAAAUUAUCUGUUCCCGCACGGUGUUAAGCAUUAAAGAUAGAGCUAAAUAUUAAA